UGGGCGCACAGGCACCGCCCCACUCCGCCCCGGCGCCCCUGCCGCUCGGCUGCCGUGUCCUCUCGGCCGGCCUGGUGUGCAGAUCCUCAGCAUGAGCUCCUCCGCCGCCAGCCCGCUCUUCGCGCCCGGCGAGGAUUGCGGCCCCGCGUGGCGCGCGGCUCCCGCGGCCUAUGACGCGUCCGACACGCACCUGCAGAUCUUGGGCAAGCCGGUGAUGGAGCGUUGGGAGACCCCCUAUAUGCAUGCGCUGGCGGCGGCCGCCGCCUCCAGAGGUACCUGGCCCCAGGAAACGGAGGUUGCAGCUCAGGCGUGCAGGAGUUCCCGGGGUUGUGUCCUGGAAGUGGGCUUUGGCAUGGCUAUUGCGGCCUCCAGGGUGCAGCAGGCCCCCAUAGAAGAGCACUGGAUCAUUGAGUGCAACGAUGGGGUCUUCCGGCGCCUGCAAGACUGGGCCCCGCGACAGCCACACAAGGUUGUUCCCUUGAAAGGCCUGUGGGAGGAGGUGGCGCCUUCACUACCUGACGGCCACUUUGAUGGGAUCUUGUAUGACACAUACCCGCUGUCUGAGGAGACCUGGCACACCCACCAGUUCAACUUCAUCAAGGCCUCUCUGCAGAACCACGCUUUCCGCUUGCUGAAGCCAGGGGGCGUCCUCACCUACUGCAACCUCACGUCCUGGGGCGAGCUCAUGAAGUCCAAGUACACGGACAUCACCACCAUGUUUGAGGAGACACAGGUGCCUGCCCUGCAGGAGGCAGGCUUCCGGAGAGAAAACAUCCGCACAGAGGUGAUGGCGCUGGUGCCGCCCGCGGACUGCCGUUACUAUGCCUUCCCCCAGAUGAUCACACCCCUGGUCACCAAGCACUGAGCAACCCGCCGGGACUGGAAUGAGCCUUGUCCUCUUGGGUGCCUUGGUGGCUGGAGUGUGGGCUGCAGCCUCGGCCCCCCUGCAGUCCCUGCCUGGCCCCACUGCCUUCCCAGAGCUCAGGGAGUAAAUGAGAGCUAACAAGAGGACUGGUCCCUCAGCAGUGAGCCGGAGGGCGGGCGGGGAGGGACACAUCUGGUCCAGACCCCGCCUCUGCCUCAGCAGCUGUGGUGCCCGGUGCCCCUGCCCUGCCCAGACACGACCAAUCAACCACUGUCCGUUUCCAAUCGCUCCCUCUUCCUUUCUUUUCUAAUGGAAAUCAACGUUUUAAAAUCUAUUCUAUAUCCUUCCUGCCCAUUAAAAAUAUCCUCGCUACGCCA